AUCAGGAGCCCGACAAUCUGAGUAUGGAUUCUAAAUCUACCUAUAAUGAUUACUCGCCAUUGAUACACCAGGGCCGGGCUGUGAUUAAGAAUCGGAGAUUUCUUUGACAGAGUCGAUUUUUAACGGGAAUGUUGGAUUUUCUUUCUCCUGAGACCUCCAUUUAAUUACUAUGGAGAGUCUGUGCUUCAGAUUUUAAUUUCGCUUUGCCCGUUUAUUUGUUUUCUUUUUUCCUUUUUCCUCAAAGUUCCAGUUACAAGUUUCUUCUUAAUCCUUAAAUGGUUUUUUUCCCCUUUCAAACAGCCUGAAGUAGAGUUUGACCUUUUCCGCUUAGAUUUUUUCACCAGAUUAGAUCUUUAAUGUUUUUUUUCGCUAUAUUCUGUCUCUAUCUUAAAUUUUCGCUUCCUUUAAGUCUCCAUUCAGAAGCGGCUUUCCUCUUUUGUUAUGAUGUUUUCAUGGUUCGAUUGCUUUUUCUUUUCAUGUUCGUAAAUUGAAUUUUCUCGGCACUUUAACAUUCUAACUACGAGGAAAGGCAACUUUCGCUUGCUUUGUGUCUUCCGUGUUCCAACUAUGUUCCUCUUCAACAGCUCUUUAAACUAUUUUGUCAUUUUAUUGCUGCUAUUGUAGUCUUAAUUUUCUCAACCCCACCAAUAAUUCUCAUAAUCUCCAUUGUCCUCCUUCAAUCCAUUGAUUAUUUUAUAAAAAUCGCUUAAUUUCAUCUCCUGGUUGUCAUCUUUUUUCCCCUCAAGAAGAUGCAAAGGCCGUUCGAUGCUUGUUUUUCUCCCCAUCUUCAACUUUUCGUCACGUGUGCAGAAAAUGAUGGAGAAGGACUCUUUAAGGAGCAAUAACAAUGGUAAUAGCGCGAACUACAACAGAGAGAGAACCGGAGGUGAUGCGGGAUUGUUAAGAUCCAGCUCAGAUCCGGCCAAACAAACGGCGUCGUCUUCUGAUUUUGUUUUGCAGUGGGGAAACCGGAAGCGUCUCAGGUGUAUGAAGAUCCAGGUCAAAGACGACCAAUCCGGCCCGGUUAACCGAACCACGGUUCGAGUCGAUCGCCGUGUCGUGAGGGCCGAUAAGGACUCUUCAAAUCAGCCCAGCAAUAAUAACAAUCACGGGACUGGAAAUUUUAACCUCCGUCAACGGCCUGCUUCUCCUCAGGCCCCGCCACCUCAGCGCGUUCUCAGGAACUGUGAGAAUUCCAGUGCUAUGAGAGGCCAAAGCAACGGUGGUGUAAGAGGAUUCACUUCGCCAGACAGGGGUGUGCACGAGAAGAGAGGUGGCAACAAUAACAAUUACAACCACCACAGCAACAACCAUGAUAACCACCACCACAACAAUAAAUCGGCGGCAUCUUCGGAGACAGCUCAGGAUAGCAAAAAAGGAGGGUCAUCUUCUGGGAGCGGUGAGAUAGCUCCUGCACCCAUGGUUUGGCCACCUAAAUUCGUGAUUGCUUUAACAAAUAAAGAGAAAGAAGAAGAUUUCAUGACCUUUAAAGGAUCUAAACUGCCACAAAGACCAAAAAAGCGAUCAAAAUUUAUUCAACGUACCCUCAAUCUGGUAAGUCCUGGGACAUGGCUUUGCGAUUUAACCCUCGAACGUUAUGAAGUCAGGGAGAAGAAGAUCACAAAGAAGAGACCAAGAGGUUUAAAGGCUAUGGGUAAUAUGGAAUCUGACUCUGAAUAGAAAGCUGGGAAGGUGCAGUUUAAAGGUAUGAUUUUUUGGGUAUUUGCAAAUGUCGAUGAUGAUGAGAUUUUCCAGAGACAGUUGCUCUUUAUUUUUUUAAAGGAUGAGAUUAGUCUUUAAACUGUAUAAAUGAUGAUCUUUUCAUAUAUGAGAUGAAUGAAAAGUUUAGAUUAAGCAAAA